AUGAGAAAAAAUAAAUUUUUUUAUAAAAACCGUUACCGUAACAAAAAUCGUGAAACGGGAAAUAAAAAUUUUUCUUUUAGCUCCGGUUGUAAUGAUGAAUGUGAAGUAAACGUUGAAACUGUCAAGAAAAAUGGUUCUCAUCCAAUUCGCGAUUGUCCUUACAAGGGUUGGGAUUUGUAUUUCGCAGGCGAAGAAUACGACGAAGACUCACCAACUGUUCAAAGAGUUAAAGGGAUUGAAACUUUUUUAAAGGAAAAUCCUAAUUUAUAUAAUGUUGCUGAUAUAGAAAGAUCUUUAAGUUUUCCAAUUGAUGUUAACAUUUUACUAAAAGAUCCAAUAAUUAAUUCGUCAUGGGAAACAUUUGAAGAAGAACUGAAAAACAAUCCUUUUUAUACUUUAUCAUGUAUAGGUUUAGCAAUUUAUCAGAUUGUAUCAACUGCAUUAAAUACUGAUGAUGAAAACACAUGCGAAUUAGAAAGUGAGCAAAAUAGUAUUCUUGCUGGAAAAGAACUUUCAAUGAUUUACACAAGGCUAUUAAGUUAUGGUCCGAUAUUGCAACUCAGAAAUUUAAAAUCAAAUUAUUUUGGAAAAUUAAUAACAGUUAGAGGGACUAUAAUAAGGGUUGGUUCAGUAAAAUUAGUUUGCACUUGGAUGGCUUUUCAAUGUGACAUAUGCGAAUCUGUUCAGUGUUUUAGACAAUUAGAUGGGAUUUACACUCCUCCAAAAUACUGUUGUGAUCGAGAAUGUAGAUCUAAAACAUUUACACCUCUUCUAUCAUCUCCCUAUACAAAAACUGUUAGCUUUCAAAAUGUUAGACUUCAAGAAAUUGUAACAGAUGACAAUAGAGAGAGCGGAAGAGUACCAAGAAGUAUUGAUUGCGAAUUAAUAGCUGAUUUGGUAGAUACAUGUUCACCAGGAGAAGUUUCAGCCAUGACAGGAAUAAUUAAAAUAAGAAAUGUCGAUGAGAAUUCCAGGCAAAAAAAUCCAAAUAUAUUUCAUCAGUAUAUGGAUGUCAUAUCCGUUAUGAACUGUAAAAAUUCAGAAAAAGGUGGCAUUCCUGGAAUUGAAUUUACUGAAAAAAAUUAUAAUGGAAUAAAGGAAAUUUUUUCUGAAAAAAAUGUUUUUCGCCUAAUAGUCCAGUCCUUAUGUCCAACCAUUUUCGGACAUGAAAUUGUAAAAGCUGGUUUAAUUUUAGCCAUGUUUGGGGGAUGUCAAAGGUAUGAAGAUUGCCGAGGUAAUCCUCAUGUACUUAUAGUCGGAGAUCCAGGUUUAGGAAAAUCGCGAAUGCUUCAAGCUUGUGCCAACACAACUCCUAGAGGUGUUUAUGUUUGUGGAAACGUGAGUACAACAUCUGGUUUAACUGUUAGCUUAGGAAGAGAAACUGGUGGUGAUUACAUUCUUGAAGCUGGUGCUUUGGUUCUGUCUGAUCAAGGGUGUUGUUGCAUCGAUGAAUUUGAUAAAAUGUCUUCUCAACAUCAGGCUUUGCUUGAAGCGAUGGAACAACAAACUGUGAGUAUUGCAAAGUCAGGAGUUAUAUGCACAUUACCUUGUAGAGCGUCCAUAUUGGCAGCAGCAAAUCCUGUUGGUGGUCAUUACAACAAAGCUAAAACAGUUGCUGAAAAUUUAAAAUUAGGACCGGCUCUUCUUUCACGAUUUGAUCUUAUUUUUAUUUUAAUGGAUCAACCGAGCGUGGAAACAGAUUCAAUGCUUUCCAGUCAUGUCAUGGCUUUACAUUCUGGGGAGAAGGGAAUGACAACCAUUUCAAGUUUUUCAAGUUCCUUUUUUGAGAGUCCAUUGCAAAGCCAGAAAGAAUCUUUAUUAAGCAAAUUAAAACUUUUACCGGGAGAAGAGCUGGAUCUUAUUCCCCAUCAACUUCUUAGAAAAUAUAUUGCCUACGCCAAACAAUAUGUCAAGCCGAAAAUUAGUGAAAAAGCUUCGGAAAUUCUUAUAAAAUUUUAUACAGAAUUAAGACAAUGUCAUCAAAAUAACGAUUCAACUCCAGUCACUCCACGACAAUUGGAAUCUCUUAUAAGAUUUACAGAGGCCAGAGCAAAAUUGGAAUUAAGAGAAGAAGCAACUGCUGAAGAUGCUGAAGAAGUCGUUGAAAUUCUUAGACACAGUUUAUUAGAUAUGUACGUUGAUGAAUUUGGAAAAUUAGAUUUUAUGAGAUCUCAAAAUGGUUCUGGUACGAGUAGUAAAAACCAAACGAAAAAGUUUAUUAGUGCACUACAAAAGAGAUCCGAAAUGCUCAAUAAAUCUACAUUUUCUUAUAAUGAAUUAAAAGAAUUGGCGACACAUGCUUCCAUAGGAGUUAGUGAAUUUUCUAAUUUUUUAUCUACUUUGAAUUUGCAAGGAUAUUUGUUAAAAAAAGGAAAUCAGACAUAUCAGUUACUUUCCGUCGAUUAA